CGUUUUCAGAAGAAUGAAGUGGAUGAUACAAUCGAUUUUGGAGACGGUGUUGGGUUAACGAGUGAAAUCAAUUUUGACGUGGAUUCGGCCGAGAUUGACUUCGGUGAUGAGGGUGGCGGAAUUGAAAUUGAAGUUGUUGGCGACGAUCAAGGUGAGUUCGAGUGUGAAUUCAGAGGACAAUUGGAAGACGGUGUGGCGCGCGGUGAAGAGGCUUUAAUGUUAUUGGAAAAUAUCGAAUCUCAGAAACUGAUUCUAUCCGAAUUGAAUGAGUUACAAAUAUUCCUCACAUCGAGACGAACUGACGAGAUGUGUGAGAGUUCAUCGGAUAUCUACAUCUCUGGAAUGGAGGAUCGACCAGCGCUCCUAAAAGCGAUUGAAAUUUCACAAAUCGACGCUUGGCUGCAACAGGUGAACGGUGUUUUAGCGAAGCUGAAUGAUCCACAAAAAUUGCAUUUGUUCAAAAUUCGAUCUUCACCUCAUUAUGUGGAAACUCUAGUAGAGAAUCUCGAACAGAAACGUUCAAUUGAAAGUCGAUAUGAGCGAUUGCGCACUCUGAUGGUUGAAGGGAGUCAAGAAGCCAGAGAAGCGGCCACAAAAGCGCAGUCUCAACUCAAAGACGUGUCGAUCGCAACCAGAGUGCUCCAGAAACAACUAGAAGAGGAAAUCUCAAAGAAAUAUAAUGGACGAACAGUCAACAUCAUGGGAGGAAUUCAAGCAGCCCUGAUGGCCUCAUGA